AUGCAGGUGCGAAAAAUCAAUAUUGAUGAGCCACCAGUGUAUAUAUCAGUAACAACAAGUAAUACUCGUAAGGAUGAUAACAAUAUUGAAGGUGUUACAACAUCUAUUCAUGAUGUUUCAAUGGAAGCAGUCAAGCAUACUUCUUGUCAGAUAGUUGAUCGAAUACCAACUGAUAGUAGUGAGAUGAUCAACACAACAGAUGAUAAAGAUAUGGAGAUUGAAGGCGGCCAUGAAGGUGUAGUCAAGUUAGCAUGA